GAGCCUGUCGUUCAACGCCAAAGUAGGGAACGUCCCCGCUAACCAGCCACGCGAAGGAUGAUGGAGAGAGAGUUCGAUGAUGGAGAAAGAGUUCGAUGCAGCCCUGAAAGGACAAGUUUUCGUGGAUGAUAACGAAGAAACAUGGCAUUAUAGUGGUCCAUGUCAACGAAGCCAUUAGGAAUUGUCCCAACUUUAUCUCUCUACGAGUUUUUCCAUCCGACAGACGACGAUUUACGACAGGCGCUGUCUUCCAUUCCAUAUCCUGCGAUAUACUACAUGCAGGCGAUGCGAGCAGAUCCCUCUCUCAGAUCUAUGUGAACACACUUGAUAGCAUGCCUAUGAGUGUGUUCCCUCCAGAUCGACUGUCUGUGAAGGGAUACAUAUUCAUCUCGUACCUGAUACCUGGGCGCCUCCUUUACGUGUACGCCCGGCCCUGGCGUCUGCUACCUAGCAACAGCCACCAUGUCUUUCUACAGCUCUAUCGUUGUCACCUGGAUGGUUCCGCAGCUGUUAAAGCCUUUGCUUUUCGUGCGCUGGAAUUGCCAAGUACUUAUCGAUAUCGCGGCACUUCGGCGAAAGCUGUAGUAACACGUGGGCUUUUGAUUUCCCUUUUCUUCCCUUCUACCAAUAUCUGUUCACUGGACUGUCCACACUACCAGCGCCUCUGAGACCUUUGUAUCACCACCCAAUAUUCUAGGUGCAGGAGCCAUAGGAUGUGUUAAUAAUGGGAUGGUUGACUUUACGCUCAUGUUGACUUGUUACCGUAUCGAGCUUUCCCGUCGAUUGUUACAUC